GAUAUACAUAGCCCGAAGCCAACUGUAAACUUUGUUCUCGUCCAGUCCGUCGCGGCAUCAUCUACGGCAUUGCUCGAAAGUAGCGUCUCAUUGCCAUAUCUGAUCGCCGCAAACCUACGGGGCCUGUGCUUCAAUCCGCAACGGCGCGGGUGACAUAGUCAUCCGCAGGAUACAGCUAAGUAGCAUGCAGUACGCACCCUUGCAAGCGGUGCUUGCCCCCACUCUGCUACAGUCUGGGCUGCAAGCCCCUCCAGCCUUUCCCUCAUCUGGUAACGGUUUGUGGUACACCGCUCCUGGUGACGUGGACGCCUGGUCAUCGGAAUGGCUCCCCAUCGGCAAUGGGUACAUCGCGGCUACGCUCCCUGGAGGCACCAUUCAGGAAACUAUGCUCGUGAACAUCGAAUCCCUGUGGUCUGGUGGUCCUAUGCAAGAUCCGACAUACAAUGGAGGGAACAAAUUACCCUCUCAGCAGGCCGCGAUGGCUGAAGACAUGCAGACGUACCGCCAAGCUAUAUUUGGUAGCUCUACCGGAACCAUCCAGAACAUUGAUAAUUUGAUGACGGAUGCUGGCGCUUACGGUUCCUAUGCCGCCGCUGGCGCACUUUUGACGACCAUGAACUCAACUGACGCUGGGUCGGACUACUUUCGUUGGUUGGAUCUGGACGCAGCUGUAGCACGUACUCAGUGGACCGACGAGAGUGGCAAAUCCUAUUUCCGCGAGCAAUUCUGCUCCCACCCCGCAGAGGCUUGUGUGCAAUACGUGAACAGUACUGGGACUCUCCCGUCACUCACUUAUGCUCUGUCGGUCACCCUCGAGACCAGUCUCCCGGUUCCCAAUGUGACUUGCCUCGAUAAUGCAACCCUCAUGGUCCAGGGCCUCGUGAACAACCCCGGCAUGUCUUACGAAGUCCUUGCACGGGUCCGUGCGUCUCCCAACGCGAUCAUCGCAUGUACGCCCUCCGGAUCCAAUGCGACUCUCAGCGUGGAUGGCGCAGACGAGGCCUGGAUUACGUGGGUCGGCGGGACAGAAUACGACAUGCACGCAGGCAGCGCCACAAGCAGUUUCUCCUUUGCGGGCGCGGAUCCUCACAACGCGCUCAAUGGCUCGCUGGACGCGGCAACGGCUCAGACCUACAAUGACUUGCUUGAGGCUCAUAUCUCUGAUUAUACUUCUGUCACCUCUCCGUUCUCCCUAGACCUGGGCCAGACGCCUGAUCUGUCGACGCCCACGGAUCAACUUAAAGCGGCGUACCAGACGAAUAUAGGAAAUCCUUAUUUCGAGUGGCUCUUGUUCAAUUAUGGAAGGUAUCUGCUGGUGUCCAGCGCACGAGGGGUGUUGCCCCCGAACUUGCAAGGCAAGUGGGUAGAAUCAUGGACGAAUGCUUGGGGCUCCGAUUAUCACUCCAACAUCAACAUACAAAUGAACCAUUGGUUCGCAGAGACGACCAAUAUGGACGUGGUUCUGCCAUUGUUCAACUAUAUAGAGAAUACCUGGGCCCCGCGUGGGGUAUCUACGGCGCAAAUCCUAUACAACAUCUCGCGAGGCUGGGUUACCCACGACGAGAUGAAUAUCUUCGGGCACACUGGGAUGAAGCUCGAAGGUAAUUCGGCGCAAUGGGCCGACUAUCCAGAGUCUGCGGUCUGGAUGAUGUUCCACGUCUGGGAUCAUUAUGAUUACACGGGAAACAAAACUUGGUUCCAACAACAGGGAUGGCCCUUGCUCAAGGGCGUCGCACAAUUCCAUCUAGAUAAACUUAUUCCUGACUUGUAUUUCAACGACUCUACGCUGGUCACGGCUCCGUGUAACUCUCCGGAGCAAGUACCGAUCACAUUUGGCUGCGCUCACGCCCAGCAGGUAAUCUGGCAACUCUUCAACGCUAUUGAGAAGGGUUACCAGGUCUCAGGGGAUACUGAUACAUCUUUCUUGGAAGAGAUCCGGUCGAAACGGGCUCAAAUGGACAACGGCAUUCAUAUCGGCUCAUGGGGUCAGCUACAAGAAUGGAAGGUCGAUAUGGACUCACCUACCGAUACGCAUCGUCAUCUAUCGCAUCUCAUCGGACUGUACCCUGGCUACGCUAUAGCUUCAUACGACCCAUCGAUUCAGAACAGUAGCACCACCUACACCAAGAGUGAUGUGCUCGCAGCGGCGGAGACAAGUCUAUAUCAUCGUGGAAAUGGCACUGGCCCAGACGCGGACGCCGGAUGGGAGAAAGCAUGGCGAGCUGCGUGCUGGGCCCAGCUCGGGAAUGCGAGCGAAUUCUACUUCGAACUCUCGUACACCAUUGAACGAAAUAUCGCGCCCAACCUGUUCAGCAUUUACACUCCGACCGGUGGACCAGACGGAAUCUUCCAGAUUGAUGCAAAUUUCGGAUAUCCCGCCGCGCUCCUCAAUGGACUGCUGCAAGCCCCGGACGUGGCGUCUUACUCGACGCCCCUCGUCAUAACCAUACUCCCAGCACUGCCUAAUGUCUGGCCCACUGGUUCCAUCAAAGGGGCCAGGGUCCGAGGAGGGAUGACGCUGGAUUUGGAGUGGGCUGAAGGAAAGCCCACUUCGGUGAACGUCACGGUCGACGAGGGCAUCACCGCGAGGCCGGUCGAGGUCGUCUAUGGGGGAAACGUAGUGACAUCCUUCACAACCUUCGGUGGUCUGACGAGGUCCAUUGGCUUCUCAUAACGUGGUCGGACGUUUCUUGGUAAGUAUGACAGACUUUAACUCCCAACCUCUUGUGGCAACGAUUGUUGAGUGGGACUUAUAUAGUGUGCUACGGACCCUCGGUAUCGUGUAGACGAUGUUGUCCUGAAUUCGGAACAAAUACUUAAAGACAUUCACCAGCUGAGAUUGUUCGUUC